ACCUCACUUUGCUCUUUGUCGGUCUCACCGAACUCUCUCAUCUCAUCAUAUUCUAAAAAUCUCAUCGUCACUCUUUUUCUUUUUAUUCUUCACAAAACAAAAAAAGCAAAAGCGCAGUCACUUUCAAAAUGGCCGAUGAAACACCAAACCCACCACCUCAAGCAGUGGCCCCACCACCUUCCGAUGGUCAUCUAUCUCUAGCGGCGGCGGUGGCGGCUGAUAAAGAAGAAGAGUCACAGCCGCCGCCACCUGAACCAGAAUCAGCCCCAGCACCAGCACCAGCUGCUGUUGUCACUGUAACAGUGACUGAAUCUGAGAGUACUGCGAAAGAAGAAGAAGAAGGGUCACUCUCUCAGCCACCCCCAACGAAAGAAGAGCUUCUCCCUCCGCCGCCGCCAGCUGCAGUGGAGGUGAAAAGUACAUCUACCCAAGAGCAAGAGGUUGUUUCUGCUGCUGCUGUCGCUGUUGCUGUUCCUGCUGUGGAAUCUGAGAAACCCACCAAGCAGAUUUCUCACUCUGUUGUUUCUUUCAAAGAAGAGAGCAACCUGUUAUCUGAUCUAUCAGAUUCCGAGCGAAAAGCUUUACAAGACCUGAGGCAACUCGUCCAAGAGGCUCUGGACACUAAACAGUUCACUCAAAAGCAGGAAGGCCAAGUGGAGGAAAACAAAGCAGAAGAACAAGAAGGAGAAAUAUCCAUCUGGGGUAUUCCUCUUCUUAAAGAUGACAGGAGCGAUGUGAUUCUUCUCAAGUUCUUACGAGCCAGGGAUUUCAAGGUGAAAGAUUCAUUGUUGAUGAUCAAGAACACAAUCAAAUGGAGGAAACAGUUCGGGAUCGAUGCGCUUGUGAACGAGGACCUUGGGGAUGAGUGGGAUAAAGUGGUGUUCAUGCAUGGAUUUGACAGAGAAGGACACCCAGUGUGUUACAAUGUUUAUGGUGAGUUUCAGAACAAGGAGUUGUAUGCAAAGGCGUUUGCUGAUGAGGAGAAGAGAGACAAUUUCCUGAAAUGGAGGGUACAGUUUCUUGAGAAGGGUAUCAGGAAACUUGAUUUUUAUCCACCUGGUGUUUCCACACUCUUUCAGGUUAAUGACCUCAAGAAUUCUCCGGGACCCGGAAAGCGAGAGCUCCGUUUGGCUACCAAACAAGCUCUUCAGUUGCUUCAAGACAAUUAUCCUGAAUUUGUCGCGAAACAGGUGUUUAUCAAUGUUCCUUGGUGGUAUCUUGCUUUCUAUGCGAUCAUCAAUCCAUUCUUGACCCAGAGGACCAAGAGCAAGUUUGUCUUUGCAGGACCAUCAAAAUCUGCUGAAACCCUUUUCAAAUACAUAUCUCCCGAGCAAGUGCCAGUUCAAUAUGGUGGCUUGAGUGUCGAUUACUGUGAUUGUAACCCGGACUUCAGCGUUUCUGAUCCAGCCACAGAGAUUACAGUUAAACCAGCAACCAAGCAAACUGUGGAAAUCAUAAUCUAUGAGAAAUGUAUCCUUACUUGGGAGCUUCGUGUAGUGGGCUGGGAGGUGAGCUAUGGUGCUGAAUUCGUGCCUAAUGCUGAAGGUGCUUAUACAGUUAAUAUACAGAAAGCCACGAAGAAGGCUCCAUCUGAUGAACCAGUGGUCUCACACACCUACAAAGUUGAUGAACUAGGCAAAAUAUUGCUCACCGUUGAUAAUCCAACCUCAAAAAAGAAGAAGCUGAUAUACAGGUUCAAAAUCAAAUCCUUCUUAGAUUGAGGAUUUCAAAUCUGCUAAAAGCACUCGGAAACUUUUCUUGCAAAAACUGUAGUUUCACUUGUCAUUAAUUGGUCAUCCUCAUAAUGGUUGAAGAUUUCGGCCUUGCCAUUGUGUCUGUAGAUUGGUGUUUUUGUUCACUUUGGUAAUUUAGUAUAUGGAAAUGGAUAGACAAUUACUCCACUUGUGGUUCAUGGUGAGUCUCUGUUUUUCUUCUUGGCCUUUAUUUUAUUUGUUUAUUUUUUUUGGUGAGGAGCAAGAUGGUGAAGAUCACUGGUUUGUAAUACUUGGUGUUAGAAUUAUCAGUUCGUUUGUCAUACAAGUUCAAGUGGAGUUGGAGUGAUUGUGGUGUAAAAUUUCGUUGUCCUUUACGAUGAGGUGGUGUUACACUGUAUUUUGAUAUAAAUGAAGUCUGAAACUUGUUAGCCCCAUUAA